AUGGUGUCACCCGUCGCUCCACGAGCCAACAAUAACAUCGACACCAAUGCCCGGCACGGGUACGACCUGCUACAUCACGCCAACAACGCAAACAUCCAGCUCUCAACAUGCGGUCAGGUGCAGCUUCAAUCACGGCAUAUACCGUCUACUACUAUGAGAGAGCACCCUCUGCCAGCAUUGCCGCAUGAGGAUAAGGAUGAGGUCCAAUCUAAGCCACGAGAUGAGACGGACGUUAGGGUAGAACCUGGGAGCGAACAUGCAAGUAUUUCGAAGGAAAGCGAGAACGCUUUCGCAUUGUUCGACGACACGAGCGAAAUCAACCUCGAUCUCUUUGCUCGAGCAGAUGAUGAUUAUCACAAUCUCAGGACGUUUCUGCAUGCGAAAGCCCCUCUUAAUGGCUCGAAAGUGCCACAGCAGAGACUUUCGGAAUUCACGACGCACGAAGCGCAUUCUUCUGGUUUAUCCGCCACUCCUAUUCAUUUAUCGACGGGCACUCUUACGCGUGGUGCCUCGAAUGCGCCCAAGGAGCCAGAUAACGUCUUGCGGGUGAACUGCGACGAGAGCACCUUUGCAUAUCAUUUCCGCCGCGCAAGCUUAGAUGCAGUCUGCGACUACGCUCCCGACGCACCUCAUGUCGAGCACCACCAUCAUCGACGCUCAAGCUCAGACUACGGCCCUCUCCAUGAUGCCUCAACCGACGAAGACGAUGAACCUCACCAUAAACCUCUUGUACGCUUCGCAGACGCCCACACCAUUCUCUGCACGCCUCUUUCACCAAAACCACCACCUCAGCAGACGUUCUCCUAUCCUAUUCCACUCACCCCUCCCGUACCAAUUCGCCGCACAGAGCUCUCCUACACCGCCUCGGUACCGGACCGCUUCAAACCCUACGGCCCACGUCUCCCUCCUUGGGGCUCAACGGACAACCUGGACCGCGAGCGUCGCUUGCGGACCGAUAUUCGCAGACUUGAAGACCCACUUGACGAGCACUUCGACGAGAGAGACAGGUUGCGCAAAGCAGAGGAAGCGAGAAAGGGACAGAGGAGAACGGAGGGCGACGAGCUGAGGGAGUUGGUGCUAGGCAUUUAUCCGGAACUGGAAGAGACUGAGAAGGAUAGGGGGCGAAGCUGUUGGAUGUGCGCUGUGAUGUAA